GGUGCCCUUCUCUCCCCGUCUCCGCAGCCUGGUCGGGGGAGGGAAUGGGAGGAGGAAUCUGCUGGAGCUCCCGGGACUAGUAGUGGUGGGUUCUGCACCUUCUCCUGCUACCAGCUGGCUCCACAUCAACCAAGGAGAACCUUCUCUUGUCCUCCAGCUAGCCACACAAUAGCUUUUCCUCUCUGGGAAUAUUCUGCAGCCUCUCCCCACCCCAAACAGUGCACCACCAUGAGAUACAUCACAUCAGUGCUGGGUUAUCUGUUGUUUCACUUGUUUGUACUCUGCCUACAAGCUCAGGUAACUGUUCAGUCCCCACCUAAUUUUACACAGCAUGUGAGGGAGCAGAGCCAGGUGACAGAUCAGCUGAGCCGUCGCCUCAUUCGGACCUACCAGCUGUACAGUCGGACCAGCGGAAAACAUGUGCAAAUCCUGGACAACAAAAAAAUUAACGCCAUCGCCGAAGACGGGGACCCGCAUGCUAAGUUAAUCGUGGAAACGGACACUUUUGGAAGCAGAGUUCGCAUUAAAGGUGCCGAAACUGGCUAUUAUAUCUGCAUGAACAAGAAAGGAAAACUGAUCGGAAAGACGAAUGGAAGAGGAAAAGAUUGCGUCUUCACAGAGAUCGUCCUGGAGAACAAUUAUACGGCUUUGCAAAACGUCAAAUACGAAGGCUGGUACAUGGCGUUCACCAGGAGAGGACGUCCUAGAAAAGGUUCCAAGACAAGGCAACACCAACGCGAGGUUCAUUUUAUGAAGAGGUUGCCGAAAGGUCACCACACCACAGAACCUCAUAAACGUUUUGAGUUUAUUAAUUACCCUUUUAAUAGAAGAAGUAAAAGAACUCGAUACUCGAGCUCCCGGUAGGAACCGGAUAAACACGCUUUCUGGGAUCCAUGGACUUUAAAUAAGACUACUCUAUUCUAAUAUAAAAAAAAAAAAAGAAAAAAACAUGGACUAGCUGUUUUAUAUAUAAAUAUACAUAUAUAUUUUUUGUUUUUUACAGAAGAUGAUCUAUUUUUUUAUUCCUAUGGGACUUUUUUUUAAGAAAAAAAAAAAAGAAGAAGAAUUGUAUGGACUUACAUGAAGUGCGCUCUUCUCGUAGAUCGUAGAAUUUUAUUUUUUUU